AUGGAGAAGGAGGUGUGGGCAGGUGAACAUGCUGCACAUGGCAAACAGGAGCAGGUUCUAGCAUUUGCUGGUGGAGAUGUUAUUCUACCAUGCAACUUCAGGAUUUCUCACAGCUCUGACUUUCCGACUGUUGAGUGGUCCAAAGAAGGUCUGAACCCAGACGUGGUCUUCCUGUAUCGGGAUGGCUGUGAGACCUACGAGAUAAAGAAUCCAAUCUUUGACUACAGGACAAGCUUAAUCAUGAAAGAACUGAAAGAUGGAAACGUCUCAUUAAGGAUCUCCAAUGUGAAAAUGUCUGAUGCAGGGAAGUACAAAUGCCUCAAGCUCUGGAAGAAUGCUCCUCGGGAGGUCACAGUAGUGGAGCUUGUUGUUGGUGCAGUCUCGGAGCCAAAGCUCUCAGUGGUUUCGGUUGAAAGAUGUGGGGUGACUGUGCAGUGUGAGGUGAACUUCUGGCCAACAGAGCCUCAGGUAACAUUUCUGGAUCACCAAGGAAACGACAUCCCUGCUCAAGGUUCAGAAAGAGAUCGAGAUGCCAGCGGACGUUUCAUCGUCAAACAAAGAGUUACUCUGCAGGAAGCGAACAGCAGGUUCAACUGACAUCAUUGCUCCGUCUUUCAAAACUCACUUAGAAUUUAUUUUAUGUAACAUAAACAAAAUG